AUGCUUGGCUCGGGGGAGGUGAAGAUGCAACAGCGAAGCGCCGCGAGAGGCGACGAGGCUCUUCAGCCGCCGGACGAGCCCAGCGACUCCCGGCCUGGUCCCUCUCCGAGCUGGCAAGAGCACUGUUCCUCGAAUGAUUCUGUCCCUGGCAGUGACGACGGCAAUCGAGAGGCGCUUCGCCAGUCCCGCCACGAGGGGGAGUGCUUGGCUGCCGCGGGCGGCGGGGAGAAUGGAAGAGGUUCACCAUCGUCUCCCGUUGCGUCUGCGCAUUCCCGCCACCUCGCGAAGGGCAGCAGCUGGCGCGGGCGUCGCCCCGGUCGGCAGUACUUUUCUCCUUCGUCCAGGAGUAUGAUCUGGGGGAGCCGCCACUGCGCGACCAACUGUCCUCUCUUCUUAACGCCCUCCAGUCUCAAGUAUCACUGCAGCAACUGCCCGUUCGGUGCGUCGCCUGACGGGAGAAAGGACUCGUGCCGCGGGAGUGCAGACUUCCGCCCGAUGUCCGGUGCCGCGUCCGCCUCGACCGAAGAGGACCACGGCCUUCUGGAGGACUCGAGGGCGAGCGGGACUGGUGUGAUCUGUGUAGAGGACGCGGCUUUCGGGGGAGCACCUGGGGGCGGAGCGUGGGAAGCCGCCUCCGCCGCAGCCCAGCCGGUUGGCGCGCGAGUCCAGAUCGUGAUGAGUGACGACGAAGAGCCGUGCUGGCAGACCGGAGAAUGUGCAAAGGGGGGAGACGACCGGGGAUGCGGCGCCGCGGCCGCGGCUGCCGGCGGCGAUGCGUCACAGCCGCCUCCCGCAGCGGAGGAGGAGGGGCGGUCCAGGCGCUCCCCAGUUGAGUCACGGAUGUCCUCCCGGUCAGGCAGGGCGGGUCGCAGAAGUAGAACUAGCUCAGCGCCACAUAGCCCCGCCCUGGGGGCUCACGCAUCAAGUUUUCCAGCGGAGGCUCCGUGCGCGGGGACGUCGGCGGGCCCGGCCUCCGGGCCUCUGGUCGGCGCUACCGACAGCGGCACGCCGGGUAGUUCAGCGCCUUCGUCCUCAUCUGCUUGCGCGUCACCGUUCUCUGUUGCGGCGUCUUCAGAGAGGUCUCAGUCAGCCUCCUCCGCCGCUGUCGAGCCCUUGUCGCUCUAUGUUCCUGCCUCUUCCCUGGAAAUUGCUCACCCAGAGUCCAUUUCCGGCGUCGCGGCAGAGGGGGACGGCAUAGGCAUAGGCGACGACGCCCGUCAUGUGGCGGCUGCGUCUCCGGCCGCGUGUGACGCGUGUCCCUUCUGUCUAGACGCCUGCGAGGACGAAAACUGCGCAAAGUGUCUGCCUCUUCGUUCUCUCGCAGGCGUGCUGAGCGGCACUGGCGGCCCCCCUCCCCCUCCGUCGUCUGCGUCCACGGGGUCUCCAGGCACACCCUCCGCCGAGCAGUGCACGCACUCCGAGGAAUCUCCGGAGAGCCUCUUCUUGGAGACCUCCAGCGACCCGGUCACUCCCCCGGGGCCUUUUCCGCAGUCGUGGCGACCUGCUUCAACGCCGGCGGCCAGACGGGACGUAGGCGAACACUCUGCAGCUCCUGCGACGUCCAGUGGCCGCUGCGGCUGGUUCCCCACGAGGUGUUUGCAGAUGAUUUCUCCUCCCAGCCCGCUGCCAGAGUAUACUCUGUGUCAAGUCGCACGGCACUGUAGGCAGGGCGGCUGCUGGAUCGUCGCUCACGACUAUAUCUACGACGCCCUUCCCAUUCUGUACGUCCACCCCGGCGGACCCGGAUGUCUGUUGCGGAAGUCUCACGAGAACGUGGAUUGCAGCCGGGACUACGAUUUUCAUUCGCGUAGAGGCCGGCAGCUCUGGGAGCGACUUCUUGUUGGGCGCGUCGAGUCCUGCCCCGGAUGGAAAAGGCAACAACAACGCUUGGAUGCACCUAUGAGCCACACCGAAGCGAGAGGCGAUCUUGACGCUGCGAGAAGUGAGCAAGCGUGCAGCGGAGAAGCUCGUCAGGCGGAAUCGCCAUCGGAACUGCCGGGGCGAGCUCUAACGUCAGAGACACCCCAGGGCUCGUCGGCGGGCAAGGGGCGAACGGGCCGCGAGGCGGGUGGGAGACGAUGUGCCUCUAGGAAAGAAGCAGCGGUGGACAAGAACUGGUGCCGCCUGCAGUGA